GUGACGUCACGGCGGCGCCGGCGGGUGACGCGUGCGGCGGCUCUGACGUCAGGCGCGGCCCCCCGGCAGCAUGGCGGCCGUGCCCGCGCCGGCCGGCCCGCGCUGACAUGGACCUCAAGGGCCAGUACUGGACGGACGAUGACUCCGACGGCGACAAUGAGUCCGAGGAGUUCCUCUAUGGCGUGCAGGGGACCUGCGCCGCCGACCUGUACCGGCACCCGCAGCUGGACGCCGACAUCGAGGCCGUGAAGGAGAUCUACAGCGAGAAUGCCGUGGCCGUCAGGGAGUACGGGACCAUCGACGACGUGGACAUCGACCUCCACGUGAACAUCAGCUUCCUCGAUGAGGAGGUGGCGACGGCGUGGAAGGUGCUGCGGACGGAGCCCAUCGUCCUCCGCCUGCGCUUCUCCCUGUCCCAGUACCUCGAUGGCCCCGAACCAUCCAUCGAGGUUUUCCAGCCGUCCAACAAGGAGGGCUUCGGGCUGGGUCUGCAGCUGAAGAAGAUCCUGGGCAUGUUCACAUCCCAGCAAUGGAAACACCUCAGCAACGAUUUCCUGAAGACCCAGCAGGAGAAGCGGCACAGUUGGUUCAAGACGAGCGGCACCAUCAAGAAGUUCCGUGCUGGUCUCAGCAUCUUCUCACCCAUCCCCAAGUCUCCCAGCUUCCCCGUUAUCCAAGAUUCAGUGCUGAAGGGCAAGCUGGGCAUCCCCGAGCCUCGCGUGAACCGCCUGAUGAACCGCUCUGUGUCCUGCAUGGUGAAGAAUCCCAAGGUGGAAGUUUUCGGCUACCCACCCGCCAGCACCCAGGCAGGUGUUGCCCCCUUCAACAUCCUGGUGGGCGGCCACUGCAAGAACAUCCCCACGCUGGAGUACGGCUUCCUUGUCCAGAUCAUGAAGUACGCGGAGCAGCGGAUCCCGACACUCAACGAGUACUGCGUGGUGUGUGACGAGCAGCACGUCUUCCAGAACGGCUCCAUGCUGAAGCCGGCCGUGUGCACCCGCGAGCUCUGCGUCUUCUCCUUCUACACCCUGGGCGUCAUGUCCGGCGCGGCCGAGGAGGUGGCCACGGGUGCCGAGGUGGUGGACCUGCUGGUGGCCAUGUGCCGCGCUGCCCUCGAGUCCCCUCGCAAGAGCAUCAUCUUCGAGCCUUACCCGUCCGUGGUGGACCCCAACGACCCCAAAACUCUGGCCUUCAACCCCAAGAAGAAGAACUACGAGCGGCUGCAGAAGGCCCUGGACAGUGUGAUGUCCAUCCGGGAGAUGACCCAGGGGUCCUACCUGGAGAUCAAGAAGCAGAUGGACAAGCUGGACCCCCUGGCGCAUCCCCUCCUGCAGUGGAUAAUCUCCAGCAACAGAUCCCACAUUGUCAAGCUGCCUCUCAGCAGGCAGCUGAAGUUCAUGCACACCUCCCACCAGUUCCUCCUGCUCAGCAGCCCCCCGGCCAAGGAGGCCCGGUUCCGCACGGCCAAGAAGCUCUACGGCAGCACCUUCGCUUUCCAUGGCUCUCACAUUGAGAACUGGCAUUCCAUCCUCCGCAACGGGCUGGUCAACGCCUCCUACACCAAACUGCAGCUGCAUGGAGCAGCCUAUGGCAAGGGCAUCUAUCUGAGCCCCAUCUCCAGUAUUUCCUUUGGAUACUCAGGUAAGAGGCUGCCUGCGCUGCCCGGUCCUGCCUGUGCUCCCAUUCCCACUCCCUGCAUGGGCCCGGGGAGGUUUGGCCUCGUGCUGCCUGGAGAAGCUGCAUGGGAGUGGCAGUGUCCCGUACCCAUCCCGUCACACCAGCCUCUUCCCAGCCAGGCUGGGGCUUUCCCACAUGCCAAAGAAUCAAACCCUCGACGUUUUCUAGGCUUCAGAAGCUGCUGUGCACACUUUUGGGGGGCUCCCAGGGCCCAGCUGCAGGGUGGGAGCGCUGAGGGUGGCGAUCCCUGUCUGUGGCAUGUGUCCCUGUGUCACCCCAGGGUGCUCCCUGAGACUGACAGCCCCUGCCCUGCUCCUUCCACAGGAAUGGGGAAGGGGCAGCACCGGAUGCCGUCGAAGGACGAGCUGGUGCAGCGGUACAACCGGAUGAACACGAUCCCCCAGACCCGCUCCAUCCAGUCCCGCUUCCUCCAGAGCCGCAACCUGAACUGCAUCGCGCUUUGCGAAGUGAUCACCUCCAAGGACCUGCAGAAACACGGCAACAUCUGGGUCUGCCCUGUCUCGGACCACGUCUGCACACGCUUCUUCUUCGUGUACGAGGAUGGCCAAGUGGGAGACGCCAAUAUCAAUACUCAGGACCCCAAAAUCCAGAAGGAGAUCAUGCGUGUGAUCGGGACUCAGGUGUACACGAACUGAGCGGCGGCGGGACCCCGGGACCCCCGGGCACCGAGCGAGCCCCGGGCAAGGCUGGGCAGGGGCCGAGCGGGUUUGAGCCCCCCGGGCAGGGCAGAGCCACGGCAGCACUGGCGGCUCCACCCGUACGUUGGCGUUGGGCA